AUGGGUUGGUUCGACGGUAAAUCCAGCGCAGUCUCAUCGGGAGGAUAUGUGCGGCGACGAUCAUCACCGACGCCUAGCUCGCACAGCACACACAGCAGACGCAGCAAAUCCAGCAAAUCCGGCCACUCCACCCACCAUACGCGAAGCUCCCCGCCGUCUUUCUUCGGCGGGUUGGGCGGAAGCCGAACAGGAGGCCGAUCAAGCCCAUCUGUGUUCUCGUCGUUCUCAUCUUCGUCGCGACGAGCCCGUCCCCGUGAGGGAUUCGUCCAGCGCAUGAUCCGCGACAUCAAGCGUCUAUUCCGUGACAUCUAUCGCUGGGCCCGUCGCAACCCUAUGAAGGUCUUUAUGAUGGUCAUCGUGCCGCUCCUGACGAGCGGUGUUCUGCCAAAGCUGCUUGCUAUGAUUGGUAUUCGCUUGCCGCAUGCUGUUACCAGUGCCCUUGGUGGUGCGGCGAAGUCGAAUAGUGGUGGUGGUGGUAGGGGUAUGUCGGAGAACAUUAGCAGUCUUAUGAACAUUGCCAAGAUGUUUGCGUAG